AAGAAGAAGAAGAGGGAAAUGGCAUCAUUACGCUCUUUUUAUUCUCCUGUCCCAAAUCCCUCAUUAGUCGCCGGCGAUUUCUCUUUCGAAUCGGCGAUUCUCCUCCUCAUCUCUCCUCUCCGUAUAUAAACGCAGCAAGCGAAGGUGUCCUCGAAAGCACCGCCGAUCUCGAUUCCUGUCCUCGCUUCGAACGAUUCGAGGCGUUUCUGCUGUUCGAGCCGCUUCGGUGAUGAUUCGUUGAUCGUAUCGACCUUAAUUUCGUUUUCUGAUCCGGACCGUUGAGAGAUGUCGGGACCACUCGAUCGAUUCGCUAGGCCUUGCUUUGAGGGGUUCUCUAGCCAUGAUGAGAGAAGAGAAAGGAAAUCUGAUUUCGAAAAUUCAGAAGAUGAAAGGAGGACGAGAAUCGGUUCACUGAAGAAGAAGGCUAUCAAUGCAUCCACUAAGUUCAGGCAUUCUCUUAAGAAAAAGCACAGGAAGAAGAGUGACAACCGUGUCAUUUCGGUUUCAAUUGAAGAUGUACGGGAUGUUGAGGAGCUACAGGCUGUUGAUGCAUUUCGCCAGGCAUUGCUCUUGGAUGAACUGUUACCUAAGAGGCAUGACGAUUAUCAUAUGAUGUUAAGGUUCUUGAAAGCUAGGAAAUUUGAUAUUGAGAAAGCAAAGCACAUGUGGGCAGAAAUGCUGCAAUGGAGGAAGGAUUUUGGUACUGACACUAUUUUGGAGGAUUUUGAGUUCAGAGAAAUAAAUGAAGUCUUACAGUACUACCCUCAUGGUCAUCAUGGUGUGGAUAAGGAGGGAAGACCUGUUUACAUUGAAAGACUGGGAAAGGUUGAUCCCAACAAACUCAUGCAAGUGACAACUAUGGAGCGGUAUGUAAAAUACCAUGUGCAGGAGUUUGAGAAGAGCUUUGCUGUCAAGUUUCCAGCUUGCUCAAUUGCUGCAAAAAGACACAUCGAUUCAAGUACAACAAUUCUAGAUGUUCAGGGUGUGAGUCUAAAAAACUUCAGCAAGACUGCACGUGAACUCAUUAUUCGUCUGCAGAAGAUUGACGGUGACAACUACCCUGAGACAUUGUGCCGAAUGUUUAUCAUCAAUGCUGGCCCUGGUUUUAGGCUGCUGUGGAGCACAGUGAAGUCUUUUAUCGAUCCAAAAACCACUUCAAAGAUUCAUGUUCUUGGAAACAAAUACCAGAGUAAGUUGCUUGAAAUAAUUGAUGCUAGUGAGUUGCCAGAAUUUCUUGGAGGUACUUGUACCUGUGCAGAUCAGGGAGGUUGCCUUAGGUCUGAUAAAGGUCCAUGGAAGGACCCGAACAUAUUGAAGAUGGUUCUUAAUGGCGAAGCACGAUGUGCCCGACAAAUUGUGACCAUUUCAAAUAGUGAUGGGAAGAUCACUUAUGUUAGGCCACAGUAUCCAGCAAUAAAAGGUGGUGAUACGUCUACUGCUGAGUCUGGGUCAGAAGCUGAAGACAUGUCUUCCCCCAAGGCACUGCGGAGUUAUAUUUCACAUCCUCGGUUGACUCCUGUUCGUGAAGAAGCUAAAAUAGCUGGAAGGGCAGGGUUCUCAGAGUUUGAUGAAUAUGUUCCCAUGGUAGACAAAGCUGUGGAUUCAAGCUGGAAGAAAGAAGUGUCCCAUCAAAAGCUCCCGUCUCCUAGAGGGACAUUUCCUUCAUUGGAUUCCCAUAAGCCUCCAGAGGGAAUUCGUGCUCAAGUUCUCACAGUGCUCAUGACCUUCUUGAUGACCCUCUUCGCUAUUUUUCGUUCAGUCACAUGCCGUGUGACAAAGAAACUUCCCGGCAGAUCAUCUGAACAAGAUCAAAACUAUCCUUCUGUCACGCUUGACCCAAUGCCCAAAGAGGAGUUCCGUCCCCCAUCACCAUCUCCUGGGUUCACAGAGGCAGAUCUCCUUUCAUCUGUACUGAAAAAGCUGGCUGAGUUGGAGGAAAAGGUGGACACACUUCAGUCGAAGCCAUCUGAGAUGCCUUCUGAGAAAGAGGAGCUGCUGCAUGCUGCUGUUUGCCGUGUGGAUGCUUUAGAGGCUGAGCUGAUUGCUACUAAAAAGGCUCUGCACGAGGCUCUAAUGAGGCAAGAAGAACUGCUCGAGUUUAUUGACCGUCAACAAGAGGCAAAAUUCCGGAAGAAGAAGUUCUGCUUGUGGUGAACGAGGAGAGAUUGCCAAGACUUGUUUGUGUUUCUUCUUUUCUCUCUGCCAUAUUGUUUCAGGAUUUUUGAGAGAAAAAAAAAAACUAAUUUAUACUACAAAAGGUGUGCAUGUUUGAUUUGGCUCCUUUUUUCUUUUUUUCCUUUUUUGUUUUUUAAUGGAGAAACAUAGUGUCUGAUGAAAAAUAAAACCAUGCUGUGAUGCUAUGAUACAUGACUCGCUUCACUUUAUAAUGCUAUAAAUAUAUGUAUUUUGUGGUA